UCACCGCCAGAGGACGACGGACUCCGACUGAGUUGUUAGUGAUGUCCAGGCAGAGAGGCCGUUUCUUCGGCGACGCGGCCAGUUAAGAGGAAUUUCACCCUGGAUAGAAAGAAAAUGCCCUCCGAACUCUCGUAAUUCGGUUGCCAUUGUAGGUGAGCAGGAUGGCACCAACACCAACUCCAGCCCCUCUGGAGAGUGGGGGUGGAGGAGGCCCCAUGGAGACAGUGGGGUCAAUGGGGGGCCAGAUGGGAACCAUAUCCCUAGGGGUCCUCAUUCAGUAUAUCAACCAGAGAACAUAUUCAGAUCUGCUCAAUUUGGCAGAAAUUUUGCCUAGGAAAAGUGAUUUAGAAAAGAAGAUAGACAUAGUUCAAUAUGCCCAACGGACAAGACAGCUUUAUGUUCGUCUCUUGGCCUUGGUCAAAUGGGCAGCCAGUGCUUCAAAAGUGGACAAAUGCUGUCAUAUUAUGGCACUGUUGGAAAAGCAAAACAAUCUCUUUACCUACACAGCUGAUAAGCUGUACCACAUGACCAAAGAAAACUUAGUGUGUGCUCGUCUUCCUCACUUUCACAUCCCAGCUGCUGUAGAAACACUCACAACUGGUUCUUAUGAUCGGUUACCAUUGACCAUACGGCAGCGCAUCCUUCCACCAGAGCCAAUCACUGCAUUGGAACGCAAACAAACACUAACUCGAUUGGAACAGAUCAUUCAGCAUCGUUUGGUGACAACUGAGCUUCCACCACAAAUGAGGACAAGUAGAAUUGAAAAUGGUCGUGUAAAGUUCACAGUGGAGCAUGAGUUUGAAGUUAGUCUCACACUCAUGGGAGAUAGCAUAACUGAGCCAUGGAGGCUUCUGGAAAUUGAAAUUCUGGUCGAAGACAAAGAAACUGGGGAUGGCAAAGCUCUUGUUCAUCGAAGACAGGUGUUAUUUAUUCAUCACCUUAUUCAGUCAAGAUUACAGGACAACCCAAAACCUUUACAUGAGACAUACAUGGUCCUACACUCUUUCUGUCAGGCAUUGCAGCUGGAGGUCCUCUUUGUACAAACACAGAAGCUCUUGGAGGAUAGGCUGGACUUCCACAUUCGUAUUGAGGAAUAUCUACAAGGAAGGUCCCUCACCUUGACCUACUGGAGAGAGUUGACACAACGAGAUCCCUCAGCACAAUUAGGAUACAGACUCACCGUGCAGGUUGACCCUACAGAGCCCUCAAAACCUCUUAUGGUAUUGCAUACACCAUCGUUAGGGUCUAAGGAAUCAGAGAUUGCUGAACGUGCUAUUCGUAGUGACCACCUGUCAAUUGAGAGAUUAUUAGUUCAUACAAUUUAUUUAAGGACAAAGAUUCGGCUUUCUGAACUGAAGCAAGAAAUGGAUUCUAAACUAGGAAAUGAUGCUGAAAAAUGUCAACUUAGUGGAUCUCCAGCAGUGCUUCAUGUACCCAUCCUUCAACCAAAUCUAAGAUCUGAGCAGCUGUUGAUCACUGUGGAUACUCACACAGGGGUGCUUUUACCUCACAUCCCACAGUAUGACAACUGCCAUAUAAUUUCAGACUUGCAAAGUGCACUGAACCAUGAUAAAUCAAAAGUGGAUGAUUUGAUCUCAGAACUCAGAUACUGGCUCAUGGUACGUCGCACAGAAAAAACACUGCAACAUCUUCCAGCAACAGCCCAUGAACGCCUGCCUCUCAUGUAUUUUGCCACACAUCCACUAAACUCCCUUGGCAAGCACAAGGUCUUCAUUACAUUCCACAAACAUCCUGGAUAUGUUGUGAUUGUGGAGUUCAGUGAGAAAGAAGGAAGUCCAUGUGAAAUCGAGCAGAGCCUCUAUUUUAUGGUAGUCAAGCAAGCGAGUAUUGAGGACAACCCAAAUGAUGAUACAGUGCAAACAGCACUGCCCAAGUCUUACAUGCGGGCAUAUGACCUUGUGAAACUUGAUUCUUUUGUGUGCACUCACGGACCUUCAACCAAAGUUGAUGUUAUAGAGCCAGGAGAGAGAGCCUUGGGAGGUAAGAGAAAACUACAACAGCGAGCAGAGCCAGCUAGUAAAAGAGUCAAGGUGCCGGCCUACUUCUUGCCAGACGUAGCCCAGUGUGUUGCUAUGAGUGAUAUGAAACUACCUCUUACACACUUAUCACUCAAGCUUCGUGAAAGGAGUGUGUUCAACACUGGAGAACAAGUGGAGGAAGGUGGUAUGGGAGUGCUUCUACGACUGAUUGAUCUACCAUCAGUAGAAGGCCUAUCUUCUGACACUGUGAUAGCUUUAAGAAAAAACCUUCUCUCUUCUUCCAUCAGAAUUCAAGUUCCACAAUUCAAAGGUUCUCGGGUCUUUGGAAUGGAGUACCUGUUUACAAACUGCCCUGUGACAAGCCAGCACUCUCGUGAGCAAGGGCCACGUCGUGCAGCAUACUUUACCUACGAAGUGACAGAAAAUGUGAGCAGUACAGUAGAUGCCAUAUUGGCUGAUUGGACUGUUAUCUCACAACUUUAUCAGCUGGUUCUCACAUUUGCAGCUCAUCUGUCGGCUUCUAGAGCUGGUGUUGAAUCAGCAGGAAGUAGCAGUAGCUGCAGUAGCAGUGGGGCUAACCCUAAAAGCUUAAGUGAGAUGGUGCGAGUGAAGUCAUUCAACUACAAAAGCAUGACGCUUGCUUAUGGCCCCAGCUAUGAUGCAUUUGUUAUCAUAAGAUACAAUGCAGAAAAGAAGGCCUUCACUUUAAGCUUUGGUAUGAGUGGGGAGGGAGUGUGGGCUACAAACCCUCAUACAGUCAUGCAGGACCAAUUGCAAGACCUAGUCAACCACCGAGGCCAUAUGGGGCUUGUGGACUUGGCAACUACGUUGCAUCAUACAUAUCAACCUCUCUUAGCAAUAUCCAAACUUUCACCAACACUUCAUCUUGGAGUUAUUGACAAGAGACAGCAACCUAUCAAGAACUUGACAGUUCUACCACAGUCACCAACACGUGUCAGUAUUGUGUAUCGCAACAUUUACUGUUUAAAUGUUGACAUGCUUCCUAAUGGGCUUGUUGCAAUAAGAGAUGGGGCAUUCAGCAGCUUUGAAACAUCAAAAUUGAUAGAAGAAUUUAUCCCAGUUCAAGGACUUAAGGCAUUCCUCAGCAAGUAUGUAGAUGAAACCGCUAUCAACAGAAGGAGAUCACAAUCAGAAGAUGAUAAUCCUCCAACACCAAUACCCUUGGAUGAUAACCCCUGGCCCACACCAAAGGCUGCCUCUCCUGCUCGCCAUGGCCCCAUGACUCCACCCAUCUCUUCCAACCCACACACACCAGCCAGCCCUCACCCAGUGGGCAUGACCCAGACUAGUGGACAUGGAGGAUUUGUGUCAAGUCCAGCAACGAGUGGCUUCUCCCUUGCCUCUCCACCUUCUCUACCAGGGAUGAAUCCAUCUCCUGCAAUGUUGCCUCAUCAGUCACCCAGUUCAGGAUUCUUAGGGGCAAAUUCUCCCUCUGCGCCUCAGUACAAUGUUGCAUCACCUGUCGGGUUCCUUGCACCUUCUCCAUUGGGUCCUCACUCCGUACCUAUGCAUUCUCCUGCUUCUGCACUCAUGCAGGGCCCAGCUGGAGGUGCAUCCUAUACCUCACGUGUGUUGCCUAACAAGCCAUAUGCUGCUGCAGUGCCUACUGUUCUUACCCAUGAUGCAUUUCACACUCUCUGCUCCCCUGUUCAGGUGGAUGAAGGAAGUGAUACCAGUUUACAGUGUGUAGUGGAGCAGUUCCUUGGCCUGACUUACAUAAAAAGGCACUUCCAGCAGUUAUGCAAAAGUUGUGAAGUGAUAAAACCAGUUGGAGGCUUUGAACCUGGGAGUAUACAGUGCAAGAUUGAGACUCUGUGUUGUCAACUGCUGGUGCACAGCACUCCAUCAUACAGCCUUAGCCUUAAACUACAGCCAGUACCUGAACAUGUAGAUCAGUGGACCACAGAGGAGUUGCAGGUUCUUGAAAAGUUCUUCAGUGUUAAAGUUCCAAUACCCCCAUAUAGACUGUAUGCUGUGCACUCCUUCUAUAGCAUCCUAAGGUUCCCUGUUCGCGUGCUGAAGGAUUGUAUCCGUAUAAUGCAGCUGGAGCUGAUGCCAACACCACAGCAGCAGCAGCAAAUGAAGUGUAGUGUUCACUGGUGUCUGACCAACCCACCAAUUGGCCCACAGAUUGCUCCUCCCGGGCACUAUAUAGUUGUAGUGUCUCGCAGCAAGAUUCUGUUUUUCCUUCAGCUCACAAGAACCAACCUCCAGCUUCCCCCAGAUACUGAACCACCCAACUUGAUGUUGCCUUUGGUCUAUGACAGUAACAGUAACAAGACACAGAUAGCAGAGCGACGUGAUCCGGGCAACGUCACUUUCCAGAUUGUCAAUGAAAUAAUGAGUCGUGCAGCUGUUCAACCAAAUGAAAUAUCCUUAUUCCCAUGUGUUCGGGAAUUAUUAUGUAAUUUAACAUUAGGUCCUGAUGGCAAUGCUGUGGCUGCACCACCAACAUCAGUAGGCCAGGGCACACCCACAUCAUCAGGUGGUACUGUUCCUCCAUCCCUAGCUUCACCUCACCUAACCUCUCCUCACAUGGGCUCCCCUCUAACUCCUGGUUCUUCUGCUGCUACUCCUGGAGUGCAAGUAUCCAUGACCCCCACCAUGUCUCAGGGAAUGAUUUCAACAUCAGGCACUGUCACCACCAAUGUUUCUACACUCAGUACCCCUGGCAUAGUGUCUAGCUUAUCAUCAGGAAGUCACUUCACAGGGCCUAAGCAAGGCACAGCAGCUGGCCACAUGCAGCAGACAAUGACAACCAUGGGUCCUCUUGGGCCACAGGGCAUGCAGCCAAUGCAGAGUGCCAUGACUAUGACAGGAAUGCAACCAGGCCAUAUGCAGCAGCCAAUGACCUCCAUGGCAGGUGGAAUGAUGCAGCCUGGGGCACAUGGGAUGCAAGGUGGGCCUGGUGGAGUGCAGACAAUGUCAGGCGGUCCAGGUGGCAUACAAGGGAUGUCAGCCAUGCAAGGAGGGCCAGGAGGAAUGCAGGUUGGACCUGCAGGAAUGCAGGGAGGUCCUGCAGGUAUGCAAGGAGGGCCAGGUAGCAUGCAAGGAGGGCCAGGUGGCAUGCAGGGAGGGCCAGGUGGCAUGCAGGGAGGGCCAGGGGGUAUGCAGGGAGGGCCAGGUGGCAUGCAGGGUGGGUUUGGCAGUGGCAUGAUGGGUCAGUUUAACAGGUAGAAUGCCAUCAAAAUUGUAAAUAUAUUUGAAUGUCUUGAUAGAGGUACUUUAGUAAUAAAGUAGUUUAAUGUAUAAGCUUCUUUUAUUAUAGAUUGAAGGGAGCUCCUUUUUAUAAGUACAGGAAUAUUUUAUUUUUAAUAUUACAGUACAGUAUUUAAAGGCCGAUAUUUUGAUUAUGUUGAUCAAUAUGUAUGUGUUGUAAUUUGUUGAAGAGAAUUUUUUAUUAAUAUUAUUAUGGACUUCCUAAUAUGGACAUAGUGUAAUAAAGUGGAAUAAUUCAA